GGACACUGUGCCAGUCAUAGUAGAGUACUGUCUGCUUCUGCAACGCACAGAUAUCCUCUUCAGUCAAAUAUAUGACAAACUGAGUGAGAACUGCGUGGCCAAAGGCGUCUUCUUGGAGUGUUUAGAGCCAUAUCUUCUGCGUGACCAGCUUCCUGGUCUUACCACUCAAUUGAUGAAGGAUCUUCUUCUCCACUUUCAGGAUAGAGGCCUGAUGGAGACUGUAGAGGCCUGUAUAAUACAUAUGGACAUCACAAGCCUCGACAUACAGCAGAUUGUUCAGAUGUGUUGGGAGCACAGACUAUAUGAUGCAAUGAUCUAUGUGUACAACAGUGGGACAAAUGAUUUUAUUAGCCCUAUGGAGAAACUAUUCAAGUCCAUUUCUGCGCCUGUCAGCUCUGGGAAGUCAUUGACCGAUGAACAAGUUGUCAUGGGAAACAAGCUUCUUGUGUAUAUCAGUUCUAGCUUGGCCGGCAGAGCAUACCCUUUGGGAGACAUCCCUGAAGACUUGGUCCCACAGGUGAAGAACCAGGUUUUCGAGUUUCUAAUCCGUUUGCACUCGCCAGAGGCCCCACAAGAUGAGGAUGUAUAUCCCUAUAUUCGCACAUUGUUGCAUUUUGACACUCGAGAAUUCCUGAAUGUCUUGGCAUUGACAUUUGAAGAUUUUACUAAUGAUAAACAAGCUGUGGAACACCAACAGAGGAUCGUGGACAUCUUACUGAAGGUUAUGGUUGAGAAUUCCGAUUUCACACCUUCCCAGGUCGGCUGCCUGUUCACAUUCUUGGCUCGCCAACUUGCCAAACCAGACAAUACACUUUUUGUUAACAGAGUACUGUUUGAUCAGGUACUGGAGUUCUUGUGCAGUCCCGAUGAUGAUUCCAGACAUUCAGAAAGACAGCAGGUUCUACUUGAGCUGCUGCAGGCUGGAGGAAUUGUACAGUUUGAAGAGAAUAGACUGAUUCACCUGGCAGAGCGAGCCCAGUUUUACCAGAUUUGUGAGUUCAUGUAUGAAAGAAAGCACCUUUACGAUAAAAUUAUAGAAUGUUAUUUGCAAGAUCCCAUGAGAAAGCAAGAAGUUUAUAACUAUAUUCAUAAUAUAUUGUCAAUUCCUGGAUACAGUCCGGAGGAGAAGCAGUCAACGUGGGACAAAGCAAUGAGACAUAUGGAGGAGCUGAUAAUGCUGAGUCCAAAUAAAGCAGCAGAUCUGGUCUGCACCCACUUCAGUGAACAGCUGGAUGAGAUCAUAGGAACGCUUCAGGAUACGUUUUUGCUUUUCCAGUUUUUUAGAAGCCUUCUAGAUCCAAGGGAUGGAGCUCAGCUAAAUCCUGAACUGUUACAGAACAAGCCGCAUAUCACAGAACACUUCAUAGACCUUAUGUGUCAGUAUGACCCUGGUCGUGUGACUCAAGUGCUACAAAUACUGGAACACUACAGAUUGGAGGAGACUAUUGAGAUUGUCCAGAAGCACAGUAACUAUGAGACAUUAGCCUAUCUCUUGGAGAAGAAAGGAGAUAUCCAGGCGGCUUUCCAAGUGAAUCUCACGAGGCUACAAAACAGAUUGUCAGCGUUGACUGAGGACUCCGUGGAUGGGGCAGAUAGCAAACAAACGGCGGUCUUGAAAGAUGUUGAGGAUACUCUUUCAGAAACGAUCUCUUUGUGUGAAAGAACAUCACAUACACUCAACCAGCAGCAGAGAGAGGAGCUGUGGUUCCCGCUGCUUGAGGCAAUGAUGUCACCGCAGAAGCUUUUAAGUUCCUCUCCAUCUCAGCUGUAUUCAGAGUCAUUAAAAAGUCUGACAAUGGAAGUCCUUAGUAGCAUGGCUGCAUAUAUCUCACUUCCGUCCAUACUCCAAAGGAUACUGCAGGAUCCUGUGUACGGGAGAGGAAAAUUAGGCGAAAUCCAAGGCUUGGUAUUAGGAAUGUUGGAUACAUUUAGCUAUGAGCAGACACUAUUGGAAACCACCACAAGCUUAUUGAACCAAGACCUUCACUGGUCAUUGCGCAACCUCAAAGCUUCUAUUACCAAGGCACUAGUACCAAAGCAGGAUUACUGUUGUAUCUGUCUGCAACAGUACAAGAAGAGACAAGAAUCAUCAGAUGAAAUCGUUGUUUUCAGCUGUGGACAUUUGUACCACUCUCUAUGUCUUUUGGGAAAGGACUGCAAAGUGGAAGCAGGAGGUCAGAUUCAGUGGAGUUGUUACAAGUGUAAUUCAAGCAACAAAGGGCGGUCUGGCCGGCAGGCAGUGGCAGAUCUGAAGAAGGGAAGGACAGCGUCUUUGGUACAGAUGAGAACUGCUUCUGCCCCUCCAUCCACAGUGGAAGCUGCAAGAAAGUCAAGCUCUGAUUCCGCUCUCGACCCACAGCAGCUGCAAGCAUUCAGUGAACUCUGCCGUCUUUACAAAGGAACCUCACGGCUAGGCACUGCUGACUGAGUUGUGUCGCUCUCAAAGC